CAACUUCCCACCUCCCAUCCAAACUGUACACUAACGUUACCAGCAGCGAGCGAGAUGCUGUGCCGUUCCUAAACGAAGUGGGCAAAUGUGGACACCUGCUUCUUGACAUCUACUCCACACCUUAGACGAGGCCAAGGUGGUAAGUUGCUACCUUAGCUUGCGGGUUCGGCAAGCGAUGGCGCUGGCAUACGACGACGACGAGCUGGCCAUCUCCCUGUCUCCAUCGCAGAUCCGGCGCAACAGGCGGGAGGGGCAGCAGCCGUCGCAGCAGCACCCGCAGUCGCAGUCGCAGUCGCAAUCGUCGCAGUCGCAAUCGCAAUCGCAGUCCAUCGACAGCAUCAUGUCGUCGGCCGACCGGAAUGCGCAUGCACCGCCUAUCGCCCAAAAUGCCCCGCUCCGCGAGAAGACGCGGACCGAGCAGCGGAUCGGCGCCUACAACAUCGUCAAGACACUGGGCGAGGGCAGCUUCGGCAAGGUCAAGCUGGCCGUGCAUCGCGGCACCGGCCAGCAGGUGGCCCUCAAGAUCAUCUCGCGCAAGAACCUCAUCAGCCGCGACAUGCAGGGCCGCGUCGAGCGCGAGAUCGAGUACCUCCAGCUGCUCCGCCAUCCGCACAUCAUCAAGCUUUACACCGUCAUCAAGACCCCGACCGAGAUUAUCAUGGUGCUCGAAUAUGCUGGCGGCGAACUCUUCGACUACAUUGUCCAACACGGCAAGAUGCAAGAGGACGAGGCCCGUCGAUUCUUCCAGCAGAUGCUGUGCGCCGUCGAAUACUGCCACCGUCACAAGAUAGUUCACCGCGACCUCAAACCCGAGAACCUUCUCCUUGACGACAACCUGAACGUGAAGAUUGCCGACUUUGGCCUGAGCAACAUCAUGACCGACGGCAACUUCCUCAAGACCAGCUGCGGCUCGCCCAACUAUGCCGCGCCCGAGGUCAUCGGCGGCAAACUGUACGCGGGGCCCGAGGUGGAUGUUUGGAGUUGCGGCGUCAUCCUCUACGUCCUGCUCGUCGGCCGGCUUCCCUUCGACCAUGAGCACAUACCCACCCUCUUCGCGAAGAUUGCCCGUGGAAGCUACAUGGUGCCGACCUGGAUGAGCCCCGGAGCUGCCAACCUUAUCAAGAAGAUGCUCGUCGUCAACCCUGUGCAGCGCGCCACCAUCGAAGAGAUUCGCCAGGAUCCCUGGUUUCUCAAAGACCUGCCGACGUACCUUCACCCGCCUGUCGAGGAGUUCCUCAACACGGGCGUCGAUCCAAAUAAGGCCAUCAAGGUCAGCGACAUCGCCCCGCAUGCGCCACCGCAGGAGCAGGAGAAGCUGCACAACGAGGUCACGGAAAAAAUCAGCAAAACGAUGGGCUAUGGCAAGCGGGACGUCGAAGAGGCUCUCGAGGCCGACGAGCCGUCUGCCAUUAAGGACGCCUACAUGAUCGUUCGCGAGAACAAGCUCAUGCAGAGCAACCAACUGGCGGGCCUCGCCCCCGAAGACCCCGCUACGCCCAGCCCCAUGCUGGACCCAAACAUGUCGUCAGCCCGAUCUGUCGCCUCCACUAGCACUGGCACGUCAGCACGGCCACCGUACGUGAGCAAAGUCGGCAUUCUUCCAAGCAGUCUGACCGUGUACCACAAGGCGUUCAUGGAGCGCGAGAAAGCUAGGGCCGAGGGCAUCGAGGUUCCGGAUGCGCCGCUGGUGGCACCUGAGCCUGCCGGACAGCCUCGAAGCCAGGCGGAGCAAGAGGAGACGCUCCGGAGACUCAAACCUCAUUCGCGCAGCUUUGUCCGUAUCGACGACCUGAGCCGCCCGCAAGGACUUACCCCUGUCAACCCGCCCAAGAAGAACAAGCCGGUCAGGUGGCAGUUUGGUAUCCGCUCCAGGAAUGCGCCGUGGGAAGCGCUCCUAUGCAUCUACAAGUCGCUCCAUAAGCUUGGGGCCACGUGGAUCGUGGAUGAGGACUACGAUGCGGCCAAUGGUGACGACGAUGGCAACGACGGCUACCGUGGCGGACGACAUUCGCGCAACCCGAGUUCUUCUUCGGCCGUGGAUCCUGUGUCGUUGUACAAGCUUCCAGCGGACCCCUGGCAUAUCAACAUCCGUUGGAAUACCGAGAAACUCCAAAAGCACUCGGUCGCCUCAGGUCUCAGUGAAACCGGGGUCAGCACCCAUGUCACGCGCGAUGGCGGCGACUUCCAAGUGGUCGCGAUGCGCAUGGAGAUACAGAUAUACGAGAUGGAGCAUGGCGUCUACCUGGUCGAUUUCAAGGUGGACGGCUACGAGACACCCGAGGGCAAACUCCUCGAGGACAAGGAGGUCACCAGCCCGUUCCCAUUCCUCGACAUGGCCGCCAAGCUUAUCAUGCAGUUGGCCGACGCGGAUUAGGAGUCCGGGAAGAAUAGGCCAGCGAGUUUGCUUGAUAAGAUGUUGCGGCAGCCAGAAACAGCCGGUUCAUCAACGCCCUCGACCUAAAAUGCAAUUGUCAACCGA